AUGGAUAAUGUAUUAAGCAUGUCAAAAGAAGGAAGAAUAGAAAAAAGGAGAAAUAGAAUUAGAGAAAAACUAAACAGAACAAAUAAAACAUUAGAUAAAAGUAAAAAUAAUAUAGAAAAUAAAAAUGAAAUAGAAGAUAAUAAUGGAAAUCGAAUGAUAAAUAAAGAUGAAAAUCAAAUGAUAAAUAAAGAUGAAAAUCAAAUGAUAAAUAAAGAUGAAAAUCAAAUGAUAAAUAAAGAUGAAAAUCAAAUGAUAAAUAAAGAUGAAAAUCAAAUAAUAUAUAAGUUUGAAUAUGAAAAUCUUGAAUGUAAUAUAAAUUAUGAUUAUCUAAGAGAAGAAAUUACUAAAGAUUUUGAUGAAAAAAAAAAUUAUUUUUUAAAAGAAUUAUCUAAUGAAAUUAAUAAGGAAGAAAAACCUUUUUUAGAAAAUAUAAAGAAAUAUGUAGUUGAGGUAUCAGAUAAUCAUUUUAUGGUAAAUCCCAAUAAAAAAAUAGAAGAAUUAAGUGAAACAUUAAAUAGUACAUAUCAAUCCGAUUUUCAAAAUAAUAUUGUGGAAAUUAGCAAUUUAAGCUUAAAAGAAAAGGACAAUUAUAAAAAGAAAAUAGAAAAAUAUUUUUGUUUAUUAAAUUAUAAAGAUGAGAAAAUUAAAAAAUUAUGCCAAAUUAAUUCAAAAAAUUUAUCAUCGUUUAUUAGUCUGAUGAGAGAUCAGAUGGAAGGAUAUAAAAUAUAUUUAGAAGACAUUUUUAAUAAGACAAGAGAUAAUUUAAAUUCAAAAAGAAAAUAUUUAUUGAAUAAUAAUAAACAAAUUCUUGAAGAUUUCAUAAGAAUGAGAAAUAUGAAUUCUUAUAAUUUUGCUGAAGAAAUAAAAAAAGAAAAGAUACUUAAUGAGAAAAUCAAGGAAAAUUAUGAACAAAAUCAUCUAAAUUUAAACAUAAAAAAUGAAUUACUAGAAAAAAAUUUAAAAAUGAAUAUAGAUUAUGCAAAAGAUAUUAAUAAUAUAAUAAUGGAAAAGGAAAAAAAUUUAUAUAAUAGAAAAUUGCUACAGCAAAAAGACAAUCAUAAUUUAAAAAUGAUAAACUUUUAUAAACUAGAAAUAAAUAAACUAAGAGAAGCUUUAUUAUCUGUCAAAACUUAUUAUUACAAUUACAAGAUUAAAUCUAAAAAAAAUAUAAAUGAAUUAAUUAAUCAAUACGAAAGAAUAAAAUUUCAAUUUAUUGAAUUGCAAAAAAGGCAAAAAAACUAUGAGAACAAUUUUCAAAAAAAGUAUAUUAAAGCAUGGGAAUUACAAAAAAAUGAAGCUAACAAAUAUAUUGAAAAAUUAAUAAAUGCAAACAAAAUUAUACAUGAACAAAUUUUUUUAAAAGAAUUUUACGAAACAAAUUAUAAAUACUUAGUAGAAGAAAAUAACAACUCAGUUUCUACUGCCAAAGAUAAUGAAAAGUUAAAAAUAGGUGUGACUAAUAAGAAAAUUUCAGACUAUGAAAUUGAAAAUGUCAAAAAGUUACUUAUGCAAGAAUGUAGUUUUCUUGUGGAUAAUAAUAUAAAGGACGAAGAAGAGAAAAUGAAAAUAAUUUUAAAAUGCAUUGGAAUUCACAAUCAAAAUGAUCUAGAAUUAUUAGCUCAAUUAUUUUAUAUUGAUGACGAAGAAAAUGAAGAAAAGGAUGAUUAUAAAAAAAAAGAAGAAAUUUUAUUCAAUAACAAAGAAUAUACAUUAGAUAUAAUUUUUAAAUAUUAUCAAGAGAAAGAAAAAGAAAAUUUAUGUAGAAUAACUAAAAAUAAACAAAAAUAUAAAAAUAGAUUAGAUAUUUCUUUAAAAUUAGUAAUUGAAAGAAAAAAACAAGAAAAAGAAUAUUGGAAUAAAUUGUCUCAUAUAAUACCUGAUGAUAUGAUAGAAUCAUGGAAGACUUUUUUAAUUUUUGUUGAAAAGUAUUACUACAUAUUAAAAGAAAGAGCAGAUAUUAUAGAAAAUAUUUUUAUUGAAGAAAAAAUUAUUAAAGAAAAUCUAAAUAAAAUCAAAGAAAUGAAUGAAACUAUAAACAAAUUAUAA